UUUAUAAUAUCAGCUGUAUUCCUUGUAAAGACCAUCAAAACUAGUAUAUUCCAGAGAUUCUGGCUCCAAAAAUGUCAACCAUCACUCUGUGAAUUGAUGACGAAGUAAUCAAGAGCCUAAAAUCGACAUAUAUAUUAUAGGAUCUCCAUAUAUGGGAGAGUAGGAAGAACCUGAAUUCAGCAGCUCAAAAUGGUACUGAAGUUCUUCUUUCAAGUUUUUCCAUUGUCGCUAAUUGUGUUGACAGCUUUACAUGUUGAUGUAACUGCGAGCUAUCCUAUUCUUAGGUCAUUAAGAUCUCAUAUAAUAAAGGGAUCUUCAUCAAGUGAGAAUUCUUAUGGAGACCUCCCAGCAGAAUUUAUUGCAUAUAAUUACACUCAAACGCUGGAUCAUUUCAAUUAUCAACCAGAGAGUUAUGCCACCUUCAACCAGAAGUACAUUAUCAACUUCAAGUACUGGGGUGGGGCAAAUACUAGCUCGCCCAUCUUCGUCUAUACAGGCGAGGAGUCUCCAGUUGCCGGAGACAUCCCUUAUGUUGCAUUUAUUGUUGAUCUUGCUUCGCGGUUUAGAGGUCUCCUGCUUUAUAUAGAGCAUCGAUAUUACGGUGACUCAAUGCCAUUUGGAUCCGAAGAUGAGGCUUUUCGAAAUUCCAGCACUCUUGGAUUCUUCAGCUCAACACAAGCUUUGGCAGAUUAUGCACAGGUGAUCAUUGACGUUAAAAAGAACCUGUCAGCAGAAAAUUGUCCUGUUAUUGCUCUUGGUGGAUCUUACGGCGGAAUGCUAGCAUCUUGGCUACGCCUGAAAUAUCCACAUGUUGUGAUUGGAGCAUUGGCAUCGUCAGCACCAAUUCUCUACUUCGACGACAUAACGCCUCAAGAUGGCUACUAUGUUGUCGUCACCAAGGAUUUCAAGAAUACUAGCGAGAAUUGUUACAAUACAAUAAAAGAGUCCUGGUCUGAGAUUGAUAGAGUUGCAGCCCAAGCAAAUGGUCUUCAGAUCCUUAGCAAUAUUUUCACUACUUGCAGUCCUUUAAAUUCGUCAGAAGAGCUCAAAGACUUCUUAGAAUUAGUAUACGUGGCUUCCGCUCAGUAUGAUAAUCCACCAGAUUAUCUAGUGAGUAAGGUGUGCAGUGGCAUCGAUGGAGUCCCAAAUGGAACUUAUAUUCUCUCCAAAAUUGCUGCUGGUCUCAACUCUAGCUUUUCUAGCGGAGGAUGCAAUUAUAUAUCUGAUCUUCAACCAAGUAAUAAGAGUGGGUGGGAUUGGCAGACAUGUACUGAGAUGGUAAUGCCAAUUGCAGUUGGAGAAAAUGAUGCAAAUACAAUGUUCCAACCAUCGCCUUUUGACAUUAAAAACUAUACCAAAACCUGUCAAGCCCUUUUUGGUGUAACCCCAAGGCCGCAUUGGGUUACUACAGAAUUUGGUGGCCAUGAUAUAAAAUCUGUACUUGGAAAUUUCGCCAGCAACAUCAUAUUUUCCAAUGGACUGCGAGACCCAUAUAGUUCUGGAGGGGUUUUGGAGGACAUAUCUGAUACAGUUGUAGCUGUCAAAACCAAUGAAGGAGCUCACUGCUUGGAUAUACUUACUGCUACUUCAAGUGAUCCUGACUGGCUGGUUGCACAGAGAGAGAAGGAGAUCAAAAUUAUUGAAUAUUGGAUUGCUGAGUACAAUGCAAAACUUUUCAAAAAGACAAGCAACUAGGUUGAUCUGUAUAUGCACCAUCUGGCUUACUUGUGCGGUGAAUAAGGAGCAUUGUGAUUGAGUUUAAUUUCUUAAAUUUUCUUACUGUAUUAUCCUUAAUAAUUUGGAGGAAGGAGAUGAAAAUAGUGUUUAGAUUUUGAUCUAUCUACCUUGUAGAUAAGUCUGAAUGGAGAUAGUUUGGAUAUUAAUAAUUGAAGUCAUAAAGUUAACGGCAA